CUGGAGACGGAGCUCGCUGUGUGGAUGUGGCAACUCGCAGAAGCACAGCCUUUGCAGACUAUCUGCAGCGGGGGCUCACAGGACCGACGCCAAGAUGAUGCUUUCAAGGGCCAAACCCGCUGUGGGCGGGGAGUCACCGCACACUGACAAAAGAAAGAAGAAAGGGAGGAAGAUUCCAAAACUAGAGGAUCUGCUUUCGCAAAGAGAUUUCACUGGCGCCAUUACCCUAUUGGAGUUUAAACGCCACGUUGGGGAGCAAGAAGACGACACUAAUUUAUGGAUUGGAUACUGUGCUUUUCACCUGGGUGACUACAAGAGAGCUUUGGAGGAAUAUGAAAAUGCAACAAAGGAGGAGAACUGCAAUCCAGAAGUGUGGGUGAACCUGGCCUGCACCUACUUUUUUCUUGGGAUGUAUAAACAAGCAGAAGCUGCUGGGAUUAAAGCUCCAAAAAGCCGGCUCCAAAACCGCCUACUGUUCCAUCUGGCUCACAAGUUUAAUGAUGAGAAGAAAUUAAUGAACUUUCAUCAGAAUCUUCAGGAUAUCAAAGAAGAUCAGCUGAGUUUGGCCUCAAUUCAUUACAUGCGCUCCCAUUACCAAGAAGCUAUUGAUAUAUACAAGCGGAUACUGCUGGAUAACAGGGAAUACCUGGCCCUCAAUGUGUAUGUGGCCCUCUGCUACUACAAAUUGGAUUACUAUGAUGUGUCUCAAGAAGUCCUGGCUGUUUACCUUCAGCAAAUCCCUGAUAGUACCAUCGCUCUCAACCUUAAGGCCUGCAAUCACUUUCGCCUUUAUAACGGCAAAGCAGCUGAGGCAGAGCUCAAAAGCUUGAUGGACAAUGCUUCUUCACCCUUUGAAUUUGCUAAAGAACUCAUCAGGCACAAUCUGGUUGUUUUCCGAGGAGGCGAAGGGGCUUUGCAGGUUUUACCUCCUCUGGUUGAUGUCAUUCCCGAAGCUAGGCUAAACCUAGUGAUUUACUAUCUUCGUCAAGAUGAUGUGCAGGAAGCCUAUAAUUUAAUCAAGGAUCUGGAACCUACUACACCUCAGGAGUAUAUCCUCAAGGGAGUUGUCAAUGCAGCCCUUGGCCAGGAAAUGGGUUCAAGGGAUCAUAUGAAAAUUGCUCAACAGUUUUUCCAGUUGGUAGGAGGAUCAGCUAGUGAAUGUGAUACAAUACCAGGAAGGCAGUGCAUGGCUUCCUGUUUCUUCCUGCUUAAACAAUUUGAUGAUGUCUUGAUUUACCUCAACUCUUUUAAGAGUUACUUCUAUAAUGAUGACAUCUUUAACUUUAAUUAUGCCCAAGCCAAAGCUGCAACAGGCAAUACCAGUGAGGGUGAAGAGGUUUUCCUCUUGAUCCAAAGUGAGAAACUGAAAAAUGAUUACAUUUACCUUAGUUGGUUAGCUCGCUGCUAUAUUAUGAAUAAGAAACCAAGACUAGCUUGGGAACUUUAUCUUAAGAUGGAAACCUCUGGCGAGUCCUUCAGCCUCUUACAGCUCAUUGCGAAUGACUGUUACAAGAUGGGCCAGUUCUACUAUUCAGCCAAAGCUUUUGAUGUCCUAGAGAGGCUGGAUCCCAACCCUGAAUACUGGGAAGGCAAGAGGGGUGCCUGUGUGGGCAUUUUCCAGAUGAUUUUAGCUGGGAGAGAACCCAAAGAGACCCUCCGAGAAGUGCUGCAUUUACUGAGAAGCACAGGAAACACCCAAGUGGAGUAUAUCAUCAGGAUCAUGAAGAAGUGGGCCAAGGAGAACAGAGUGCCCAUCUAAGCAGCCAAGCCCAGGCCAGGACCAGCUUCCUCUCACAUCAAAUUGGAACUGUUUUCCUGUACUUGAAUAUGCGAUCCAGGACCCUGUUUGAUUAACAUUUCCUUCUUUGCUCUUAGAGCAUUAAGUUGAGUGGGUGGUAUGUGUGGACUUGGCCAUCAGGCAGCACAAAUCUCCUUGGUCUGCUGACACUCAAUGUAAUCUACUGGUGAAAGUACUGUGGGCUUCCCUGGUGCUUUUCUUCCAGAAUCAUUCCGAACACUCUUAUGUAAUUUACUGGCUUUUAGGAAGAGAUAAUAGUUCUCUCUCUCUCUCUCUCUCUCUCUCUCUCUCUCUCUCUCUCUUAACAUUUCAGGACAUUUUCUCCUAGCUUCAGUGACAAGUACUUUUAUACUAAAGAAUUGCCAUCAUUUGAUCAUAUGCCAUCAUCCUGUACAUUAGCCCAUCCAUGACUGAGUCCUGGGAGAAGUCUUCCCAAGCUGUGUGAUUCUGAGGAUGGCCAUGAGGCCCUCUACCAGACUGCAGGUAGUAGUACAUAGUCAGCUUAUAGGACCAUUCUCUCAUCGAGUAAAGUGCUGCUUACGUAGCUUGUUACAGCGAGACAAGCUGAGUAUUGGGUUUUGAAAAGGUGAGUGAAAGGAAAAACUUGGUAUCUCUGAAGGUGUGCAAGCUUCAGAGUUGGGUCUCCCUUGUAUUUUAGGAAACAAAGCCAGGGCAAGGUUCUUAGUAUCUGCUGAAUGAACAUCAAUUUUGAACAUAGGACUGGGAAAAUUUUCAUGAAACAUAUAUAUAUAUAACAUUUUUUUUUUCUGAGACAGAGUUUCUCAGUGUAGCCCUUGCUAUCAUGGAACUCACUCUGUAGACUAGGCUAGCCUUGAACUCAUAGAUCUGCCUGCUUCUGCCUCCCAAGUGCUGGGUUCAAGGGUGUGUGCCACCACUGCCAGAAUAUACCUGUUUAUAUUGCACACAUAGGAACAUGCUGUAGUAAGGAUUUAUUGAUACAAUUAUAAAGUAGGGUUCUUUGAAGAGACUUCCUAAUGGCUAGCCUCUCCCUCAGCCUCAUGUCUCUGAGCUGUCAUCACAUAAACUUCUUUCUUCUACAACAAAGUAUUGUCUGGCUUACAUCCCACUUUAAGAAAACAGACCCACGUCUUUUUUGUGUAUCAGAUUACCUAUUUGUAUGCUCUGUAAUUUUCUUCUGUAAGUCUGAGUUACACAAUCUAGAACCCAUCCUCAUAGAGCAGAGAGUGCAUGAAGGAGGAGAUGGGGGAAUUUUUAGGAACACCACAAAUUCUUCCUCCUGCCCCAGCCUCCUGCUGCAGGUGGCAGUUCUGCACAGAAAGGAGAGGGAAAUCUGUACAGAGUAUAACAACUGAAGCAAUAGGACCAGUGGCUGAACACAGCCUUCAACGUUGGCCAGUUCCAAGGUGUUCUAAGAUGGCCAGUGUGUCAUCUCUUACAUUAGGCUCAGAUAUGAUUGGUCCAAAGCACAAGUUACAAUACUAGUCUAACAGGACUGCAGGAAACAAAGCUGCACCAUUUCCUUAUGCCAGAGCUUCUUGUUGUCUUGUUCUGCUCUUCCCACUGUUUUAGUAGUACCUGGUUCUCUUUGCCAAAGGUGCUAGGUGGAUCAGAUACAGCCAAACCUGCUAUAGUUCUGUGAAUCAUUCUUAUGGAACUUACUUUUGCUUUAUAUACUUGGAAGCAGAAUGGGAAGGCAGAUCACCUUCCAGGAACUGUUGACAUCUUCCAGUAAAGGGCUGUUCAGUUCUAGCUCCUAAUUUCUGAAAGACACUCAUUCACAGUGAUGUACUUCCCAAUGAGAAUUUCUGAGUUUACUAUUCAGUAGUCUCUCUGACAUUUUCCUCGACAGAAGGAUAUCUAUUCCAAACAGCAGAAUAUUAGAUUACUUUUUAAGGUUUUUAAUCUACAGGCUUGAGACAGAAACAUGAAGGCUAGUUAAAGAGAAGCACAUGCAAUUCUGUUAGGAGGGAUAAUUGUUUCUGAUUGUCUUGACAGGGCGUCGAGGUUCAUAACUGUGUUCUCUACAGAUGACAGCCCAGAGAAGAAGGGCCAGGCUGGGGAAUAUGUAAUUUAUACAGUCUAUAGUAUCAAUGUACUAUUUAAAAGCAAUCUGUAGUGUAUGCUUACAAAUGGAAAAACACUUUUACAAUUAUUUUUGUACUACAAAAGAAUCACAUACCCCUGUACUAUAUUUAAAUUAAAAUAUAUUUUUUGGUU